UUACACAUCUCAUCACGCACAACAUUCGUGAUCGUGUGAUCGGCCGCCUGCAAGUAGCCUAGGUGCAGUGCAGGGCCCCCACGUGAAGCUAGUCAACCCCAGAAAGCCAUCGCCCGAUCCACUCGUGUCAUCCAUCCGUCUGAGCGCCCGAUUCCAUCAGUCGUCGAAGCAUACCUCAUUCCUGCUAUUAUCUUAAUCUCGAUCGUCCUACCCUCGUUCACUUCGCUUCGACUGAUGUGUGCUCAAUAGCUCCUUGUCUUCGACCCUGGCCCCCUCUGCAUCGGACUAUGCCGACGCCCGAUGAUGCUGUCUCGCCAGCGGAACACGAGCGCGCAACAUGCCCACCUGAAGACGCACACAGCUUGACUGCGCAGGUCGAACUGGGUGGCAGCCCUGACAGUAGUGCCAGCAAUGAUAUGGUGUUUGCGCGACGUCCACCAAUGCAGCAACAACGCACGCCGCCACCACAUGGCAUCCGCGAACCGCUGCCAGCCGAGACACACAGCAAGCCAUCGAGCACAAGCAUAGAGGCGCCGAACAGAGAUACUCCGACACCAAUGACGGCGACCGAUGAUAGCGCCGAAGAUCAGCGCAUAUCUCAAGCCUCGCCGCUCUCCGCCAAUGCGCCGGCGCCUAUUCGAUGUACCCCCAGCCAUCUCGCUGCUCCAUUUCCUGCUCACAGAUUCCUCCCCAUCUCGUCGUCCUCGCUUCUCCGCCCCGGCAGCCGCUUCAAAGGGAGUCAGACCUCCGACCGCCAGCAGUAUGAAGUCGAUGUCGAGAUAAAACAUGUUGACAUGCGGGAGUCAUUCAUAUGCGGCUAUUUGCGUAUCCAAGGUCUGACCGACGACCACCCCAGUCUGACAACAUACUUCGAAGGCGAGAUCAUUGGCAGCAAAUACACCUUUAUCACACAACAUCCAGAAUGGGGCUCGAACGAGAAGGUCGAUCGACAGCACUGGGCACGAUUCCCAGCCUACAAACCGUUCUCGAAACACUCGUCGCGAUCGGAGGUCGUGUCUAAAGACUGGAUGCAGAAGGAGCAUCUAUUCAUGCGCUGGAAAGAGUACUUUCUGGUGCCAGAUCACACCGUCCGGACCAUUAGUGGAGCUAGUUUUGAGGGCUUUUACUACAUUUCUUUUAACCAGGUCUCGGGCGGCAUCGAAGGCAUAUACUUUCAUGCUAAGAGCGAGAAAUUUCAGAAGCUUCAACUGGAGCAUAUUGCCGACCACGGGUGCCAGGGCGCAUAUGAAUUCCGUUGAUUACGAUUGAACGAUUUGGCAUGUUGUGUGGAAUUAGCAUUUGGGCGCAGCGGGUUUGGGCUUGAGUUGACUUUCAUGUAUCCAACUUUCCACCUCACCGUUCUUUACGCAGUGCGCGACUGAAGGGGUGGUUCUAUCAUAAAUCAACGUGGGUUCGGUAUUGGAGUACCGGCAACUAUGUAAACCAAAUUGGCGUGUCACACUACGUCAUGUUCGACAUGCGAUUUGUUCGUGUCUCCGCAAAGUGAGCGGA